ACCCCUAUAAAAAUCUACACUCUCAGCCACUACUGUAUAAGCUGCAGCUAGUAGCUAUUAAUAUUUCCUUACAAAAUGGAGGGUGGAUUGUCGAAAAAAAGCUUCCUUCUAAUGUUUCUUUUGCUUGCUGCGGCUGUUGUAAACACAGUGCAUGGCGAAGUUACAUGUGUAGGGUUCUAUUCGAGCUCAUGUCCACGUGCUGAGUCCAUUGUUAGGUCCACAGUUCAAUCCUACUUUAGGUCUGACCCUACUUUUGCUGCUGGGUUGCUUAGGAUGCACUUCCAUGAUUGCUUUGUGAGAGGUUGUGACGCUUCUGUUCUCAUUGAUGGCGACGGCACUGAGAGAAAAGCUAGGCCAAACCUUAGUUUAAAAGGCUUUGAGGUUAUUGAUGAUGCAAAGACUAAGCUCGAGGCUGCGUGUCCUGGUGUUGUGUCUUGUUCUGAUAUCCUUGCCCUUGCUGCCCGUGAUUCCGUUGUUCUCAGUGGUGGACUAAGAUGGGAAGUGCCGACUGGACGGAGGGAUGGAAGGGUUUCAAUUGGAACUGAAGCAGCCAUUAAUUUGCCAGGUCCUAAUGAUAGCGUUGCAAUCCAGAAGAAGAAGUUUGCUAAUAAGGGUCUCAACAUUCAAGACCUCGUCAUUCUUGCCGGUGGGCACACGAUUGGUAGUGCUGCUUGCCAAUCAUUCGCAGACAGACUAUACAGCCCAAAUGGCAUUGAUCCUUCCAUAGACCCUUCGUUUGUUCCAACUCUGCGACAAAUUUGCCCACAAAACCAACCAACGAAGAGAGUUGCAUUAGACACAGGUAGCCAAUUCAAAUUCGACACUUCUUACUUCGCUAACCUUAAGAAAGGCCACGGAAUUCUUCGUUCUGAUCAGGUGCUUUGGACUGAUGCUUCCACAAGGACCAUUGUUCUCAAAUACUUAGCCACUGGUCCCUUCAACGUUGAAUUUGGCAACUCUAUGGUGAAGAUGAGCAAUGUUGGUAUCAAGACCGAUGCUAAUGGUGAAAUUCGCAGGAAAUGUUCUGCUGUUAAUUAAUUAUAGUCCACAUGUUGCAACAUUGAGUUUUCUGUGUGGGGGAUUAUGAAAAUAAGUUUAAACUUCCAUGCCUCCUUUAUAUCAAUAAGAGUGAAAAAAAAAGAAAAAGUAUAUGAAAUGCUAUACUCUGUAAAAAAAUAUAAUUAAGUGGAUAUGAUUCUUAUUAUUGAGAUUUGAGAGGCUUGCAAGCCUAGCAGUC